CACGUGACAAAUUAUCUACCUUACUCUUUGUUUACUGAUUUGACAGCAUGUCGAGUAAACUGACUGUAUGUGGAGUGUGCGAAUACCGCAACAUCACCAAACCCUCUGUAGUCUGGUGUUCUGAAUGCGACGAAGGACUUUGUGAGGAGUGUAAAGAGCAUCAUGCAGCUUCAAAGGGGUCCAGAGAACAUAGUAUUGUCCCAAUAUCCGAGUACCAGCAGCUUCCUUCCAAUAUAUUGGAAAUAACUCAAUCUUGUCAAAAGCACAAUGAAAAGUACGUUAUAUUUUGUAAAAAACACGAUUGUCCAUGCUGUAGACGAUGUGUUGUUGAAACUCAUGACGAUUGCAAAGAGUUAAAUGCUAUUGAUGACGUCAUUCGAAAUGUUAAAUCUUCAAGCGCAUUCUUGGAAAUGGAACACAUGCUUGCGGAACUUUCAGAAAAUUUACAGAGAAUAAAAAUAGAUCGACAAAACAACAUUAAAAGUCUGCAGGAGAACAAGACAAAAAUAGAAAGUGAGAUUCAGCAGAUACGAGUAUUGAUUAACAAUCAUCUGGAUAACUUGCAGGCAAGUCUGAUAAGAGAGUUGUAUGCCGCUGAAGAAACGGAAAACAAGAAAAUAAGCUGUUUAAUAUCAUCCAUACAAGAGAAAGAAAGGGAGAUUUCAGAAUACCAGACCAAUUUAGUUAAAAUAAAACAACAUGCCUCAGACCUCCAGACGUUCUUGGCUAUGAAACACAUCCAACAAGAUGUAAUAAAAAACGAACAAUUCCUAGAAUCCAUGUUGAAAGAAAAAAAUACGAACAAUGUUAUCAUUUCCUUUGAAACAGAAAACACGUUUGAAACUCUACCUACCGCACUGAACAAGAUGGGCACCAUUAUAUUAGAUACCAGGUCAAGUGAUGUAACAUUAACAAGCAGAAAGAACAAAGAAGCACAGAUAAUGGUACCAAACACACAUGUUGCUACCAUUGAUGAUAUAAAACUUACUUUAAAACAGACCAUGAAAACAAUUGGAAGAGAUAUCACUGAUUUAUCAUUACUACCUGAUGGCAGAAUGAUACUUACCAACUACUAUGGCCAAAUAAAUGUGAUGAAAACCGACGGUUCGUUAGGUUUUAGAUUAAAGACAGGAUUUUGUACUUCUCAAAUACACUAUAUAGAGGACAGUCAAAAACUUGUCGUAACAUCUGGCAGUGACAAGUCAAUCACGAUAAUCGAUAUGAAAACUAGAAAAACUGAAAAGUCGAUUAAAGUCGGGUCAUGGAUUUUUGGAAUAGUUCACAGGGAUGUUAAACUAUUCUUUAAUGGAUGUUCAAGUGGUUUAUGUGUUCUAAAUUUAGAUGAUGACUCUGUGACACAUCUAGUUAAUACUACUUUGUCUAAAUACAGUAGCAUUGAAAUUUGGUCAGAUCAACUUUAUUAUAUAAACGAUGAUGAUUCAGUGACAUGCUGUGAUCUUCAAGGGAAACUAAAAUGGAAGUCAGAAAUUGCAGCAUUUCUUCGAGGUGCACGGGGUAUAACGGUAGACAAUAACGGACGUGUUUAUGUAUCAGGAUAUCUUUCUUACAAUGUCGUUGUCAUUUCACCAGAUGGAAACAAACACAGAAUAUUGCUGUCAGAGAAAGAUGGUCUUAAACAGCCACAAGCUUUGUUCUUUGAUCGCAAAAAUAACAAACUACUAAUUGCGAACCAAACAAAUAAGGCAUUUCUUUAUGAUGUUUCAAAUUAUUGAUUUGAUACAAUAUACUCUUCUAAAAGAAACUUGUGCAUAGGUUUUGAUGUCUGUUACAUUUGAUGUUUAUACGCCCAGACUUUCGUGCAAAUACACAUGAAUUAGUCGUGAUA